ACGAAGAUUACGAUCCCUCUACGACGUCGUUUCACGAUCGAUUUCCAGUCGAUGAAGAUUUUCGCGUCGCGGGUUCGAGUUUUUAUCACCGCAAUUUCAGUCUCCGGCGGCGGCGGAGCCGAGGAUGCGGUGAGUGGUUCUCGUGGCCGGACUUAACAAACGGUAAGAAGAGCGUUGUGAAGCUGUGGGAUAGUCUAGGGUUAGGGUUUGAUUUCGAAGAAGAAGACUCGUCGGAGAGUGUAGUGUCGAUUUGGGAUCUGAACAGAGAUGUAAAAAUCAACUCGUUUUCCGGGAUGAGAUGUCAGAUUCCGGCGGUGGCUAUGUCUUCUCCGGCGGAGGUGAUUUUGUCAGGAUCGAAUAACGAAGGCAAUGUUUUGUUGGGUUUGUAUGACACGAGGGUGGUGGGUCAGAUUCCGGCUAUUUACUCGGAGUGGCGGCCAGGGCGGGGCAGGGUUGUGGGUAUCGAUUCCGGUGGCGCGGAGAAGGUGUAUGUUGUGGAUGACGUGUCCAGGAAGUUGACGGUUGGCGAUUUGAGGAGAGUCAAUACGCCAUUGGAGGAUCUGACGGAAUCUGACGGUGAUACCUGGUUUGAUGCUGGCGCCGUUAUUGUCUCUGACGACGUUGCGCAGUAGUCAUCAAUAUAUUGGUUAAUUGCACCAAAACUCCCUUAAUUGUUAGUAAAUAUCAAGUUAACUCCUUUAUUUAUAAACUCGUAUAAAUAAAUCCUUUUUGAAGAAGGUGAUAUAUUUUUAUAAUUGAAAAUGUCAAAAUAUAUCAGUUCAUAAAUAAGUAGUGUUAAAGUAAUAUUCCCUAAUAGUUAAAAGGAGUUAGUAUAAUUAAUCUUUAUUUUUAUUUUUAUUGUAAAAAGGGCAAAACAGUCCAGAAAUAAGUUUUAUGUGUCAUUAGCGGAGGACACUGUUUGUAUUUUGUAAAUACUUGUUCAAUUCAUUGUAAUUUAUAUUUAUUAACUCCUAA